GUAAAAAAAGGGGGAAGAGAAUAGAGAGAAGUUAGGACCUGUUUGUUUGGGGAGCGAGAAAAGAGGAGGAAACAAUGGGCGAGGUAUCUGAAACCAUGACGAAGAGGAAGAAGAAGGGACGUCCAUCUCUUUUGGAUCUUCAAAAGCGAUCCCUCAAAAAACAACAGCAAAAGCACCGACAAAACCCCAAUUUAACCAAUUCCUAUUCCAACGUUGACGACGACGACGACGAACGCAAACAGAAGAAGCACAAGCUAUUGGUCGGUCUCAAUUCCCACCUCCAUCAUCCAACAUUAUCGCCAUUCAAUUCUGAUCCCGACGCCGCCCACAAGAGGCGCAAGAUUGGAUCAGAUGAAACGGAUGGGAAGGUUCCGAAAGCGACUGACAGUAAACAUGGUUCGCAGGGGGAGGCCGGUCCCACUACACCUUUGCCAGACAAAAAGCUCUUGCUGUUUAUCCUUGACAGACUUCAAAAAAAGGACACACAUGGGGUAUUCUCUGAGCCCGUGGAUCCAGAAGAGCUUCCUGAUUAUCAUGAUAUCAUUAAACACCCGAUGGAUUUUGGAACUGUGAGGAAGAAAUUGGAUGGGGCAGUUUAUACCAACUUAGAACAAUUUGAGAAAGAUGUGUUCUUGAUAUGCUCUAAUGCGAUGCAAUAUAAUUCACCGGAUACUAUCUACUACCGACAGGCCCGAGCCAUGCAGGAGAUGGCAAGGAAGGACUUUGAGAAUCUGAGACAAGAUAGUGAUGAUAGUGAACCGCAACCCAAAAUUGUGCACAGAGGAAGGCCACCUGGGAAGCACCCAAGAAAGUCGCUGGGCAUGUCGCCUUCUGAGCGUGUUGGUCCUGAAUCUUCUUCUGAUGCAACUCUUGCUUCUGGUGGGGAUAUUGCCAGUGGCUCCAAUGGUUAUAAUCUUAGGAAAGGACCAAGCAAAUUUCAGCCUGCAGAUUCAUCUGCCAGGGCCUCCAACAGCAACUUUAACGGUGGAGGUUAUACUAGUUGGUUGUCUGAAUGGGAGAAUGAAUUUCCAGCUUCUGUUUUAAAAGCUGUGUUAAGGUAUGGAAAGAAGCAGUUUGAGGUUGAUGAGACCAGGCGUGACACUUACAAAAAUCCAUCACCUUUAGGGAAUGAACCACCAAUGUUAACUGCAGUUGAAGAUGAAUUCAAGCAACUUCUUGCAGUAGGUUUACAUGUGAAGCAUAGCUAUGCUAGAAGUCUAGCCCAUUUUGCGGCAGAUCUUGGUCCUGUUGUUUGGAGGAUUGCUGCAAGGAAAAUCAGCAGUGUUUUGCCAGUAGGACAUGAAUUUGGUCCUGGAUGGGUAAGUGAAGAUGACGUGUCACAGAGGCAACACUUGCCAGUUUGUGAUGAGGAGAGAACUUCAGACCCUCCUGUAUCAGAGGAUUAUAGAAGCAAGUUUUCUUCUCCAUCUGGAACCUUCCCUCUUGCAAAUAGAUCAUGCUUGCAAAGUAGAGACAUGGUAGAAAAUAGAGAGUUGAAAUACCAAAAUGAGUUGAAUCCGGUCAACAGCAUUGGUGGAGGGAUUGGAUCCACAACUCCAGCAAGGAUUCAGCAGGAAUCCAUGGUGCACUCUGAUGAUUUUGGUUCAAAUGAUUGGUUAGGUUCUAAUUUUCCCCCUCAAAUGAAAAUGGUAAGACUUGCUGACCUUACUGGGUCAACGAGUGCUGGUAAUGCUCCUCAAAUGUUUGAAAUGGAUCCUGUAAGCAGCCGCAUUGGGCAUACCAAUAUCAAUCCUCCUCUUAAGGACCAGUACUUCAACAAACAAAGUCAAUUAGAUUCUGGAAAUUCAUUGACCCGGGAAUCUGGAUUUGAGUCGCAAAGUUGGUCUCAAAGUGUUGCUGGAAAAUCAUCUUGGCAGGGAUUGGAAGUUCCUACUAAACAGAAUUCUUUUUCACUUGCUAAUGACUUAAAUGGAAAGGUUGGAACAGCAAAUUCACCUAGUUCCAACGCCGAAACUGGUUCUCAGUUGCAGCCGAAUUUGGCAUUACAGCUAUGAUGAUAUAUUAUUUUUUUGGAUUGAAUCCUCUCUCAUAUUGCUUACUAACAUGAUAUUGUCAUGUUAUAGGAAAGAGAGACACAAUUUAAUGAACCUUUUCCAUAUCAGAAGCAUGUAGAAGCAGAGCUUUUUCUUUUGAAUUUUUGUUGUUGACUUCAUAAUAGAGGUUAGUUUACAGUUGAUUUGGUAUUGGCCAAGUCUUUAUGACUUACGUGUGAUUGAGACGUUAAAUGUUCAACAUUUCUAAUUCACUUUUUCCCCUCCUUUGAUACAUCUUUUUGGAUAACAAUAUUCUUUUAUUUCAUUUUCGUUGUAACAAAUAAAAAUAUAAUGAUUAUAAUAUUAA